AUGUCGAUAACACAAAUCAUUGGGUUCAGUCUUCUGGUUUGCAUCACUUUGGCCUAUAAUGAAACUUUCUCCCCAUUUGACCUCAAUACAAAUGUUAUUACCACAUUCGUUCGUUAUCCUGGCUAUGAACAAAAUGUCGCUCCAAAAAACUAUAAUAUUGAUGGAGAAAUACCGGAAGAAGAGCAAAGUCAUAAGCGUCCUCAUGCCGGAUGUGAUUCGAGCUUUGAGAAUCGCGGUGAAUAUAGGAAACGCAAGAAAACGCACGAUGACGACGAUCACACCACCCAAUAUAUUCAUCAUACAUCUGACAUUGUUUUGUGCCAAAAAACAUACGACGAUUUGGAGACUUUGUUUGGCCAUAAUGGCGACGUCACAUAUAACAGUAAAAGCGAAAAAAUAACGGGGAAUGACCGGGAACAAAUGACGAUAACGACAAGUGAUGAUCAAUCCCAGGAAAUCACCGACGGCUUCGCUUAUAAUAUCGAACGGGAAAAUACUGAUCGAGAAUUGUUGGGAAUAAACGUUGACAAAGAUCUCUUCCCUGAACUCAUCUGCAGUUUAUCACCAUUUAAUUCAGAUACCAGUACAAGCAAUAUUGAUGGAGAAUCACCGGGAACAAAUGGUAAGGUAUUACACAAUGAUUUUUACUUCCAACCCUUACAAUUCACAAAAUCGUGUGAAAAUGAGAUUACAAAAAAUUAA